GCGGACCCAAACCGACCCCCACACUUUAGCUGCUGUCGCCUUACAAAUCGUUUCCCGCACCGUACUCAUUUUCUGCGCCUUCGCGAGAGCGUCCAGGAGAAAUAAACCAUUAUUCAGAGAAAGUCGCAAAUAAGGAUUUUAAACUGUCGAGGAACUGCCAUUUUCGUUGACUAUCAAGUCAUUACCACUGGUCAGUGGAAUUAAUCGGAAACCGGCGUGACAGUUUAUAUUUUGAUACGAGACCGAACUGGAUCAGGCCCAUUGAAUACAGAGAGACCGGGCAUCCACUGCUACCAUGGAAGGUGCUGAAUCAGAGAUGAACAUCUUAUCCAAUGGCAAAGGCCAUGAUCAUGGAGAAGACAUGUGUGUGCCUGUGAAGAUCAUAUCCGAGGAAGAUCAAAAUGGCACUCAAACUAUCAGGUUUGAUAGCGAAGGUGGACAUUUGGAGAGUGAAACUUUUUUGCCCAAUGGAGAUGGGAAAACCCCCGAAAGAUUCACAGACUUUGAGGGAAAGACCUCAUUUGGCAUGUCUGUGUUCAACCUUGGAAACGCCAUCAUGGGAAGUGGAAUCCUGGGCCUGGCCUAUGCAAUGGCCAACACCGGUGUGCUCCUCUUCUUGUUUUUGCUGACGGCAGUCGCAGUCCUCUCCUCCUACUCCAUUCAUCUGCUGCUAAAAUCCUCUGGCAUUGUCGGAAUCCGGGCCUAUGAACAACUUGGAUACAGGGCUUUUGGAACUCCUGGAAAAAUGGCAGCUGGAAUCGCAAUCACCCUGCAGAAUAUUGGUGCCAUGUCCAGCUACCUGUAUAUUGUGAAGUCUGAACUUCCACUGGUCAUCCAAGCUUUCCUGAAGAUAGAUCCCAGCUCUGACUUGUGGUAUAUCAACGGAAACUACCUGGUCAUGAUCGUCUCCGUCAGCAUCAUCCUACCCCUGGCGCUGAUGAAACAGCUCGGCUAUCUGGGCUACACCAGCGGAUUCUCAUUGAGCUGCAUGGUCUUCUUUCUCACGGCGGUGAUCUACAAGAAGUUCCAGAUCCCCUGCCCAUUUGAGGAGUUUAUGGCCAACGCGACCUCAGAGCACCUCAACAUCUCCAACAGCGUCAGCCACGACUUCCACAGCGGCGCCGAAGUGGAAUGUGCCCCCCGCAUGAUGACCAUCAACUCACAGACAGCGUACACCAUCCCUAUCCUGGCCUUCGCCUUCGUGUGUCACCCGGAGGUCCUGCCCAUCUACACCGAGCUCCGCAACCCAACCAAGAAAAGGAUGCAACAGGUGUCCAACAUCUCCAUUCUGGUCAUGUACACAAUGUACUUCCUGGCUGCUCUGUUCGGCUACCUGACCUUCUACGGGAACGUAGAGCCGGAGCUACUGCACACCUACAGCCGGAUUGACCCCUAUGACACGCUCAUCCUGUGCGUCAGAGUGGCGGUGCUCACGGCCGUCACACUCACCGUCCCCAUUGUCCUCUUCCCAGUGCGGAGAGCCAUCCAGCAGAUGCUGUUCCCCACCAAGGCCUUCAACUGGCUGCGGCACACCGCCAUCGCAAUGGUGCUCCUAACCGUCAUCAACCUGCUGGUCAUCUUCGCCCCAAACAUCCUGGACAUCUUCGGCAUCAUCGGCGCCACGUCAGCCCCCUGCCUCAUCUUCAUCUUCCCGGCUAUUUUCUACAUCCGCAUCGUUCCUACGGAUCAGGAGCCCAUGAACUCCCGUCCUAAGAUACAGGCCGCCUGCUUCGCCGCCCUGGGCGUCUCCUUCAUGAUCAUGAGCAUGAGCUUCAUCAUCCACGACUGGACAACGGGAGCCGGACACUCGGCAGGUGGACAUUAGAGGCUUCUCCUCUUCCUCCUCCUCCUCCUCCUCCUCCUUCUCCUCCUCCUGCUUGCUACGGUUUGGGAACCCCAACAACACCUCUGUUUGCAGUGCAGGCAAGCCCAUCUGCUGUGUGUGGGCACACUGACUCACAAAGUCGCCGGCUGGGGUAAUUAAAAGGACUGGAAUCACACCGGGGCGUGAUCGCUGAAUGAAGAGUUUGACUGUUAGGUCACACAUGUUUCGUUGGACUUGUUACCAUAAAACAUUGUCAUUUUAAUAAUGUUUCUGUAAUGUAGUAUUAUCUAUUUGGACCGGGGGAGGAGGGGAGAUCAUGCCAAAGUAUUGGGAUUAUGCAGGGUAUGAUUAGUCUGUGAAUUUAUUAAGUUAUGUUGAUUACAGUUUGAAUGGAUCCACUAUCCACUGAGAAUGAAAAGGUAUACACUCACUGUAACCAUAAAGUGUAGUGCAAUGGUUGUGGAGCACAGCAAGAGUGUCACAGAUCCACCCUCUUCAUUCUUCCUUUGAAUGCGCACAACAUACAUGAUACCUCCCACAACAACACCCCAAAUCCUCCGGUCCCCCUCUCUGCAAACACAAAGCGUGCACACAGUGUGCAUCCCUCCACAUAUAUUAUGUUUCAAAAGUUCUCCCAGGCCAUUACCUGCUGAGUCAUCUUUAUUUAUCUUAAGCAAACAUCACAUUGGGGGCCAUGGCCUCUUCCAUGGAUUAAAGACAGCCACCAGAAAUGGGGAUAUUUUUGUAGACUGUAGACUUAGAUUGGAGCGUGAGGCAUACCACAUACGACUAUAAAACUUUGUGUUCAUAAUAUGAAAUACCAUUGCCCCCUUUGUGGAGAGCUGCAGUAUAUGUUGUCCAUGGUCAACGUACUAGCUUAACUGCUAGCUGGUUCAGUUGUGGUUGUUCGGGUUGUGAGCGUACCAGGAUCACCAGGAAAUUCAGGAUUCCACAGGGCAUCAUUGGAUGUCUUUUCUUUGUAAAUACAAAGUUAGUAUGAAGAAAUGAGACAGAAAUCUAUUGUUCAAUUUGGGCAUUGAUGAAGCCUUUCCAGUAUAAAUGCACCGCUGCCCAUGGCUGGCCAUUACACAUGGCUGGGGUUUGGAGAGCAAAGCCCGUCCUAGAAAAACAACUGUAUUUGUGCGUAACUCAAAGGUUUGCCAGUUUCUGGUUGUGGGAUGACGUAUUCAGAAGCCUUCUAGGCUUACCAUCUGGUGCCUUUCAGGGCAGAGGGUGGUACCCAUGGCACCCAUAUUGCAAAUGAAUAAAAGUGUAUAUUUAUUUAACUGCUAUACGUUAUAAUGUUUGUUUAGUUUUCUAAUUUAACAAAUGGGUUUGAGAACAGUAUAAUCUACUGAUGAACUACUGCUGCUGAUUUUAAUAACAAUUUGUACCAAUCCGUUAAUGUUAGGAUAACGAAGUGACUUGUAGUUUGUUUUCUUAUGUUUUCUAUUAAAUCACAGGAAAAAGACAUGCCUUAUCAAAUUGAUACAUUUUAUUUGGGAUAUAAUAAUUUUCUUGGAAAAUGCGUCAUUCUAAUCAUGAAUUAGGUAAAAGUGCCACGUUGCAUUGUUGCAUGUUCACUGUUUUGUUUUGUGGUAUUUUUAUAUUCAGCAUUUAUAUUGUUUGUGGUAAUACACACUUAUUCUAUUGAGGUUAAUGUAGAUCGCUUGAUUUAGCCUGAUGUUAUGUACUCUGAAGUUAUUGGGCUUUGACUUUCAGAUGAGAAAGACUUACUUUUUGGCUGAUGCAAAAUACUAAAUAUUUGUUACACAUUCAAUUGGAUUUUAGAUUGAUUCAAAUUCCAACUAUCAUUCAGACAACAUGUUAUUAUUUUAAUAAUUAAAUGAUCAAUUUUCUGGGACUAAUGACCUUUGAGUAUUGUGUCGAACUCGUCCUAAAAUUCCUAUUGCUAAAACGUAAUGGGUCCUUUUUGAUGUGGUUGUGAUUUGUGCCACUAACCUAUAUUAUGUAUUAUAACAUUUUUUUCUUUUGUCCAUUUGUUGAUUUAGGCUAAUGAUUGAUUUAUUAUUACUAUUAUGAAAGCAAUGUUAUGAAAGCAAUGUUGAUGUAUGGCCUCUCAUCCUCUCAUCCUUUCCACUACUUCACUAGAUAUAACGUUUUCACACAUAUUUAAAGAAAAACACAGCAUUCUUCACCAUCUGGUUAAGGACCUUGCCUGCUACAACCUAACUAAUGGUUUGCAAAGCCUUUCUUGAACUACAUAUCCCUCAAACAAUAUCUUCAAUAGUCACAUCUUGUUUGAUUUGUAAGGACUGUGAAACUACUAGAGAUAUAUGUAUUUUGGAGGGAAAGAGGAAGCUAUAUAAAUAAUGUAUAUAAAUGCAAAACAUUUAUAUUUGUGAUGCAUAUUUAGCUUGUAAAUGUAAAUAGCAGGUUGGUUUUAGAUUGCCAAUUAAACAAUUGUAGAUGUUUUUGUAA